AGCAGAUGUAUCAGAACAGAUAAUGGAAUGUCUUCCAGACGGCUGCCAGGGCCUUCUUCAGCAGUUUCAUGGUAUUUUCAGCCAGUUAGUGGACGACCUCAGUAGUCCCCACGCCAUUUUCCUUCAGCCUUCCAAUCGCGUUCUUCUACAGCCACUGUUGGACAUGAUGUUACAACGUCUGAUGGAUCCAGAAGAGCCUAAACAUCAUAUCAUGUGUUCUUCUUCGUUGAUCAAUGAAGAAUGCGCAAGACAGUGGCUGGAUCUCGAUGAACGAAUUCUUAGUCCAAUUAUCGUCGCCUUUCUCCUGACAUGCGGUAUUCCUCCUCGUCACUGGCAAUUUCGAUCCCUACUAUUCCAGUCAGAUAGCAGCACUGGCAGUGCUCGUAAUCUCUAUCUACUAGGCUCGGAGCUUGUUAUAGGGAAUCCGGAAGCAAAGCAAAUCAAUCAAGUUACACGAGAGUGCCUGUGGGCAUUCCCUCCUAACCUUGCCCCACUCAUCUCGUUCUACCUGGCUAUAGUACGACCUUCUGUGAUUCAGAUCUCGGGCCUAAUUCAUCACGUCAAUCAAGCUCACCGAACACAUAUCUUUUCUCAGACAUUCAGUUCAACCCGCCUCGAAUUCCCUCACGUUUGGAAUGGUAGCGAUGUCAAUGCUGCACUGUGGGCACAUACGUCUUCCCUCGAUGUUCGGUUGACAUGCAAUCUUUUACGAAAUGCAGUCACAGCGAUGUACCAUCAGUUCUUCCCCACACUCUCGCAAUCUGAAUCCAUAGGCGCUCAACCGGUUCAAAAGGCAGGUAGCAAUCGCCAUCGACCUUCAGAACAUGUUCCCCCUGCUCUAGGGAUGUCAUUCGAACAGGCUCGGAAAUACAUAUCCUCCAGCCAUGCAUUACAAGUAUUGUAUGGGCUACGGUGUCCUAAUAAUCACCUAGCGGACGGGAAUUCGGCCAUUUUGGGUAACCUGAAGCAUGCAAGCCUUGCUUUAAAGGAAGCGAGGUUUCGCAUCCGAGAAGAAUAUGACCUAUACAAUGCCCACUUGCCUGCUAUGUCAGGGAAGGCGGCUGGCGUCUUGGAUACUGCGCCAUACAUACGUGUCAAAGAGGGCAUGAUCGGUGAUGAGGUGCUUCGGCGGGUAUUACAUGUAGUUUUAUUCGGUGAUUCGAAACCAUCUGUUUUUGAUCGUCCUCCUCCAGGAGGGUACCUGAUUACUGAUGUAUCACGCGCAGUGGUUCAGAUCAUACAAGCUAUUGAAGAGCAAGAACACGGGCUCGAGUAUGAUUUGACUCGACAGACAGACAUUGAUGCGAUCAUCCACUUCGAUGAAGUAGAGAAGAAAGCACAAACAUUUCUGGCAACAAUAAAAAAUGACUUUCCUAAGUCAUGGACUGAGCUAUGCUUCGAAGUCCAUGGGCUCCAUCAGAAGGCACCAAGCACAGGUGGAGAAAGGUGUUGGGCGUUGAGGGGUAUUCCUGGAUAAAUUUUUUCAUGUACAACUAGGACAUUCACAAUUUAACAAGUUGAAGGGCGUCAUCACAACGCUCCACCACGA